UAUGAAAGAAAAAUUCCAUAAAUCCAUUUAAUUCACAAUCAAUUCGUAUAUCUGAAAUAUAAAGAGACUAUAAAAUGGAUUUUGAAGAGUGUCAAAAAGAAUUUCUCAAAAGUUUAUCAGUAAAGUCUCAUGCAAGAGUUGUUGCAGCUGGACUUCCAUCAAAGGGUCCAGUUGAUUGCCAACCUAAACCUUAUGAGUCUGAAGAUGGUACUGUCCCAAAAGCUAAUGGUGAGUCGCUUUACAAACUCGAUUAUAAACCUCAAUCACCUAUGAAUCAAUUGCUUCAAUGUGACCCAUCUAAAGACAGACGGUCACCCAUAUUCACAAGUUCUGAUUCCUUUCGACCAGUGUCCUGCGCAAAAUCAUCCUUCAUCCCAUGGCCGUUGAGCUUGGCCAAACCUACAUCAUCAGUGGUUAAAGGGCAGUCAGAGCGAAAACAAACACUGAUGCCAACGGAUUUCAUAACUACCUAUCGAUUAAGUUACUGCAGGGAGAAAAUGAAGGCUCGGAAAAUUUGCAUCUGCUCAUUUGAACAAAAACAUUCUGAUGUAGAGAACACUUCCAGUAAACAUAACGUUCGAGAAUGCUGCCCAAAGUGCUCCUCAUCUGAAUACAUAAAUUUCCUUUUAUAUCAGACGGAGUAUCGCCGCUCCAUGUCUGGAAAAAAACUGCCAUCUCUCGAAGACACUCAACAAUGUCCGGCUGUUUCAAUCGCCGCUUCAAAAAUAUGCGACAUUCACAAAAAACACGCGUUUGUAAUGAAAUAGCUGCAUCUGAAUACAAAUU